CUUUAUCGAGAAUCGACUCUUCCCACGUCACCGACCUGGACUUACCAGUCAGAACGUCGGUAGGACCCGUUUCCGAUUUGUCUUUCCCCUCUCCCCGCGCUUGCCAACAAGUCGUCGCUAGACAGAGCGUCGAGAAGGCGACAAGAUGGCCAUCUCGAAGAAGGCGGGCAAGAAGGGCGGGGGCGCAGCUCCGCCCGGUGGAGGCAAGUCGGCUCCUCCCAAAAAGGGAGGUGUGGCCAAGGCCGACUGGCGAGAGGGUUUCAAGAAGCCUCAGGCAGGUGUUAGCGACAUGACGCUUCUCACGACCAUCAGCAACGAGGCCGUGAACCAAAACUUGGAAAAGCGCUUCAGAAAUGGUGAAAUCUACACCUACAUCGGCUCCGUGCUCAUCUCGGUCAACCCAUUCAGAGACCUGGGCAUCUACACCGAUGAGGUCCUCGCUUCAUACAGGGGCAAGAACCGCCUAGAGAUGACGCCGCACGUCUUUGCCAUCGCAGAGGGGGCCUACUACAACAUGAUUGCCUACAAGGACAACCAGUGCGUCAUCAUCUCCGGCGAGUCGGGUGCAGGAAAAACCGAGGCAGCCAAGCGUAUCAUGCAGUACAUCGCUGCCGUCUCUGGGGGCGAUGGCUCCGACAUUAGCGACAUCAAGGAGAUGGUCCUAGCCACGAACCCGUUGCUGGAGAGUUUCGGAUGCGCAAAGACACUCAGGAACAACAACAGCUCGCGCCACGGCAAGUACCUCCAGAUCAUGUUCAAUGCCCAGGGCGAGCCCAUCGGCGCCAACAUCACAAACUACCUGCUCGAAAAGGGCAGGGUAGUGGGCCAGUUCAAAAACGAGCGCAACUUCCACAUCUUCUACCAGCUCUCUAAGGCUGCCACGCCAGAGAUGCGCGAAGCAUUUGGGCUGCAGGAGCCCUCUGCGUACGCAUACACAGCAAAUUCCAAGUGUCUCGACGUCGACGGUAUCAACGACUACGACGAUUUCAGCGAGACGAUCAAGGCCAUGGGCAUCAUUGGGCUGUCCGGCGAGGAGCAGAAUGAGAUCUUUAGGAUGCUGGCAGCCAUCUUGUGGCUUGGAAAUGCCACUUUUGUCGAGAAUGACCAGGGCAACGCUCAAAUCGCGGAUCAGGGCGUCCUUGACUUCGUCGCCUACCUUUUGGAGGUCGAUGCUACUGCCAUUACAAAGGCUCUUACGGAAAGGAUCGUCGAAACUCAGAGGGGUGGUCGAAGAGGAUCCAUCUAUGAGUCGCCAAACAAUCCGAUUCAAGCUGCUUCGGUGCGAGAUGCGCUCUCAAAGGCGAUUUACAACAAUCUCUUUGACUGGAUCGUCGCUCGUGUUAACAAGUCUAUGGCGCCGAGACAGGCCACUUCCAACAUCAUUGGUGUUUUGGACAUCUACGGCUUCGAAAUUUUUGAGGAUAACUCCUUUGAGCAGCUCUGCAUCAACUACGUCAACGAAUCCCUGCAACAGCUCUUUAUUCAGCUCACACUCAGAGCCGAACAGCAGGAGUAUGCUGACGAGCAGAUCAAGUGGACGCCCAUCAAAUAUUUCGAUAACCAGAUUGUGUUGGACUGCAUCGAGGCGAAAAGGCCACCUGGUAUCUUUGCCGCACUCAACGAUGCCUGUGCCACAGCACACGCGGACCCCUCGGCGGCCGACAAUGCCUUCUCGCAGAGGCUCGGCGCUCUUUCGGCCAACCCGCACUUUGAGCCUCGGGGCACCAAGUUCCUCGUUCGACACUACGCCGGCGAUGUUCUGUACAACGUCAAAGGCAUGACGGACAAGAACAAGGACUCGCUCCUCAAGGACAUCCUUAAUCUCGUCGACUCGUCGCAGAAUCAGUUCCUUCAUACCCUCUUCCCCGAUAGACCUGACCCAGACAGUAAGAAGCGGCCUCCUACGGCUGGCGACCGAAUCAAGUCGAGCGCAAACCUCCUCAUCGACACACUGAUGAAGUCGCAACCAUCGUACAUCCGAACGAUAAAGCCGAACCAAAACAAGAGUCCGACGGAGUACGACACAGCUGCCAUCUUGUCACAGGUCAAGUACCUCAACCUGACGGAGAACAUCAGGGUCCGGCGCGCUGGUUUCGCAUACCGAAACACAUUCGAGAAGCUCGUUGAGCGCUUCUACCUCUUGUCGCCGGCUACGAGCUACGCGGGCGAAUAUACGUGGACGGGUGACGUGAGAAGCGGUUGCGAGCGCAUUCUGAUCGACACUGGUAUCCCAAGAGAUCAAUGGCAGAUGGGUGUGACGAAAGCAUUCAUCAAGGACCCCGAAACGCUCUUUGCCCUCGAAACCAUGAGAGACAACUACUGGCAGAACAUGGCGAGAAGGAUCCAAAGAGCGUACCGAAACUGGAUGCGAUACAAGAAUGAGGCUGCCAGGAGAAUUCAGAGGAUGUGGUUGAACAACAAGGAGAAGAUUGCCUACUCGCAGCUGCGUGAUUACGGACAUGAUGUGCUGGCGCAGCGAAAGGAACGCAGGAGAUUCUCGCUGAUCAGCAUGCGGAAGUUUAUGGGCGACUACCUCGAUGUCAACAGCGGCAGCAGCGCAGAAGGAGAGAUGCUCAAGCGCGCCAGCGGCAUGGGUUCGACCGAAACAGUGGCAUUCAGCGCCCGGGCCGAGCUGCUGGUCUCGAAGCUGGGACGAUCGAGUAAGGCACAACCUCGCUUCCUUGUCCUCACCGACAAGGCACUCUACAUCAUCAUCACGCAGCUCGUCAACAAGCAGCCUCAGACGACGUGCGAGCGCAAAAUUCUCCUUGGUACCAUUCAGACCGUGGGCUUGUCGAACCUUCGCGAUGACUGGAUCAUCAUCAACGUCAUGAACAGCCAGGAGCCAGACCCAGUGCUUCAUACGCACUUCAAGACGGAGUUCGUGACGCAUCUCCUCCAGCGGACCUCCGGCGGCAUCAACGUCAACAUCAACAGCCAGCUCGAGUACUCCAAGGGCAAGGACAAGAAGUCGCACAUUACCUUCAAGAAGGAUGAGACGAUCCAACGUGAGGACGUCUACAAGAGCUCGACGGUCAGUGUCGCGAGUGGAGAGUCUCCGUCGAGCGUGUCUCGACCGCCCGCCAAGAGGAAGCCGGGCAUUGUCAAGCCCAUCACUCAAGGAAAGCUGUUGAGGCCUGGCGGACCGUCGAACCCGAACCGGAAGCCUAAGGCGGUCGCUCUCCCAAGAAGCACGCCCAAACCUGCCGCUCCUCUGCCAAGCGGCAGCAGGGGUCCCGCGAAACCAUCGCCGAUUGCUGUGACGUCCACUCCCUCGGCCACGACCAAUGCUCGCGUCCCGCCGCCGCCCAAGCGCCCCGGUGCUGGAGCCCCUCCGCCUCCCCCCGCUGCGCCACAAAUCCCCCUGUACAAAGCUCUGUAUGACUUCGAGACGGACAACGAGGGCGAGAUGUCGCUGGUGGCCGGCGAAAGUGUCGAGGUGACAACAAAGGAGACCAACGGCUGGUGGCUGGUCAAGAAAAAUGGUGCCGAGGGUUGGAGCCCGAGCGACUACCUAGAGUUGAUUCCGGCCAAGCCAGCGGCCCCUGCUGCGCCUGCUCCGGCCAAGCGAGCUCCUCCGCCGGCGCCCGCCAAGGCUUCUGCGGCUCCUGCUGCAGCCUCAGCUCUGCCCUCUGGUUUUGGCGCGCCCAAGCCAAAGCCAGCUGUCGCCACUCCACCGGUCCGAGCGCACGAGCGACCCCAGUCUGUCGCGCCCGACGUGGGAGCUGCCCCUGUGGCGGUGCUGCCUGGCAUGGACCCCGGUGGAUUCGCAGCAGUGCUCGCGAAGAAAAAGGCCGCAAUGGCCGCCGAGCGAGGCGAGACCAAUGGCGAUUCCGCCCCGAACGGUAGCGCCGUCUCAAGCCGAGGCACGCCUCCUCCGCCUCCUGGAGGGGGCAAACCAAAGCCUUCCGUCGCGCCAAAGCCUGGCGGAGCAAACGGCAGGGCUAUGCCGCCUCCGCCUCCGAGGCGUUGAGGCCUUCCAUGAGUUUUCUCUCUCACUUUCGCUCCUUUUCAUUCUCUCUCCUGGCUCUUUCAUCUAGAGGCGGACAGUUGUUAUCUUCUCUUCCUUUCCUCCUUCGCCUUGAGCACUUUUGUCUUUCAUCUUCUCUCUUUCUCACAUUGGCCAUCAAUGGGAAUCGUGAUC